AUGGGAGACGCGAACAAGGAGUGCACAGUCAGGCUGCUGAUGGACUACCUGGAGUACUGCGCCCGCGAGCCCGGCACCCCCGCGCGGGCGCCGUCCACGCCCGAGGCCGCCGUGCUGCCCGUGGCCGCCCGGAUACAGGAGACCAACCUGCACUACUUGUCCCAAUGCCGCGGCUUCCGCGGGAACCGCGUCGAGCUGGUGGCCUGGAUGGCGCAGGAGCUACUCGCCAACAACCGUGGUGGCCCCAGCUGGGGCCGCGUGGCAGCGCUCGUGACCUUCGCGGGGACGCUGCUGGAGAGGCCGCCGCCGGGGGCCCGUAGGCGGAAGAAGACGGAGAAUGAAGACGUUAGCAGGCACUGCCAGUUCCUGGUGGCCUUGCUGUGUGCUCAGCUCUUCGGACGGCAAGGUCCUGUGUUUUUGCCAGGAGUAUUCCAACUCUUUGAGUUCUUUUGCUACUGGGAAUAGAAUCUGGAGAGGAUGUUUUGCCUUCCCAGAGGGAGCCUGCCUUGAAGAGAAGAGCUCACAGGACAGAG